AUGACUGUCACGCACACCUCCAACGUCGGACCGCUCACCGUCCUCGUGUCAACCCGCGCCGUCCUCACACUUCCCGACAAUUCCCUCGUGCUCUGUCCGGCGACCAUAUGCAUAUCCCCCGAGCUCGGUAAAAUUGUCUCUGUGGUGCCUGAGAUCCUUCCGCCCUCGGCUUUCCCCCCAAGUGCUACUUAUGUAGACCACUCUCCGAAGCUGUUGCUGCCCGGCCUCGUGGAUGCUCAUGUCCACCUCAAUGAGCCUGGCCGAACAGAGUGGGAAGGCUUCUGGACCGGCACUCGCGCGGCGGCGAGCGGCGGCGUCACCACAGUCAUCGACAUGCCGCUCAAUGCCAUCCCACCGACGACUACUCUCCAAGGCUUCGAGGAGAAGCUCCGGGCCAGCCAGGGCCAGUGCUGGGUAGACGUGGGCUUUUACGGCGGCGUCAUCCCUGGCAACGCAGAUCAGUUGAAGCCCCUCGUCGAGGCGGGCGUCCGAGGAUUCAAGGGCUUCCUCAUCGAGUCCGGCGUUGACGAGUUUCCUGCCGUGUCAGCUCAAGAUGUGGCGCUGGCAAUGGAGACACUAAAGGAUGAGCCAACCACCUUGAUGUUCCAUGCCGAGAUGAUUCCUCCAAUCACCGACUCUGUUGGUGAUGCCGUCCAGACGUCCGAUCCUCCUGCGGCCCCAAAAGGCGAACUGACCGCCUACAACACCUUCCUCGAAUCACGGCCCCCUUCUUUCGAGACGUAUGCCAUCGAAGAAAUCCUGGCGCAUGCUCAUAUCGCUCCGUCGCUGCACCUUCACAUUGUUCACCUUUCGGCGACGCAAGCAAUCCCGAUCCUGAAGGCUGCGCGCAAGAGGGGAGUCAAUAUCACGGCCGAGACUUGCUUCCAUUACUUGGGGCUGACGGCUGAAGAGAUUGAAAAGGGAGACACGAGGCACAAGUGCUGUCCUCCGAUCCGUGAGGCCAACAACCGAGACGGCCUUUGGGAAGAGCUGGUCGCCGAGGACUCGUGCAUUCGAACCGUCGUCUCCGACCACUCACCCUGCACUCCCCAGCUCAAGUUGCUCCCCGAUCAUCUCGAGAGACCUGCCAUGCUUCAUAAAGAUUCCGGCCUUGACAUGAGAGACCCCAAGGAAGAGGCACCCACCAGGACUAUAGCCCGUGGUGACUUCUUCGCCGCCUGGGGCGGAAUUUCGUCCGUCGGUCUCGGCUUGCCCAUCCUCCACACGGCUGCCAAACAGCGCUCCGAGACAUCCAAGGUCCCGACCAUUGUCGACAUGGUUCGCCUCUGCUGCCAAGCAACCGCCGCGCAGGUCGGUCUCUCUCACCGCAAGGGCGCUCUCAAGGUCGGCAUGGACGCCGACGUUUGCGUCUUUGACGAUUCACACGUCUGGACUUUUACCCAGGGCGACAUGCGCUGGAAGAACCGCUGCUCUCCCUGGCAAGGCCACAAGUUCACCGGUCGGGUCACGGAGACGUGGCUUCGCGGCCGCAAGGUAUUCGAUCUGGAGGCUCCCGGCGAUGGCUUCGUUGUCGGCAAGCCCUUUGGCGAGCCCAUCACCGAGAAGAGGACCUUUUAA